GAGCCACAUACAAGGAUGAUAAAACUAAGACUAAUAUACUGUUAUUUUACUUCAGGCGGUGGAGGAAGCGCUGUGGCACAUAGUACAGCCAACGUUCAAGGAGGUGGCUCUGCAAACGCUGGCUCGAAUGCUGUCGUAAAUGUUCCUGGUUAUCAACCAGGUUAUAACCAAGGUUCCGGUUCUGCAUCAGCACAAGCAAACGCUGUAGUCAACGGUGGAGGAAAUGACUAUCCGUACAAUCAAGGAGGAAACGCAGGAAGUGCUUCAGCUGAAUCUCAAGCCAAUGCUAUCAUAAACUCAGGUGGCGGUUACCAACCGGGUUACGUUGUACCCGGUGGAUACUCGCCUAGUAAUACAGGUGCACAGGCACAAUCGAGUGCUAAUGCCGUAGUUAAUGGAGGAGGCGGCGGAUACCAACCCGGUGGCUACCAACCAGGAGGUUAUUUGGGAAAUGUCGGCGGAACGACAUUAUCUCAAGCACAAGCAGAGGCAAUCGCAGAGGCUUACCUCAACAAAGGAAACGUGGGCUAUCAACCAGGAUCUCAAGGGAACUUAGUAGGAUAUCCUGGUCUUUAUCAACCUUCGUACGGCCAAGGUGGUUCGGCAAAUGCUCAAGCUAAUGCUGAAGCAAUAGUCAACGGCGGUAGUGGUGGUGCUUUGAGUCCCGGUGGCUAUUCACCAGGACUUUAUAACCAGGGCGGAUCCGCGUCAGCUCAAGCACAGGCUGAAGCUUUAGUUAAUGGAGGAGGAAAUUCUGGACUCUACCAACCUGGACUAUAUCAACCAACAUACAGCCAGGGCGGCUCGGCAAAUGCUCAAGCUAACGCUGAAGCAUUAGUCAACGGCGGUAGUGGUGGUGCUUUGAGUCCCGGUGGCUAUUCACCAGGACUUUAUAACCAGGGAGGAUCCGCGUCAGCUCAAGCACAAGCUGAAGCCUUAAUUAAUGGAGGAGGAAAUUCUGGACUCUACCAACCUGGACUGUAUCAACCAACAUAUGGCCAGGGCGGCUCGGCAAAUGCUCAAGCUAACGCUGAAGCAAUAGUCAACGGCGGAGGUGGUGGUGCUUUGAGUCCCGGUGGCUAUUCACCAGGACUUUAUAACCAGGGAGGAUCCGCGUCAGCUCAAGCACAAGCUGAAGCCUUAAUUAAUGGAGGAGGAAAUUCUGGACUCUACCAACCUGGACUGUAUCAACCAACAUAUGGCCAGGGCGGCUCGGCAAAUGCUCAAGCUAACGCUGAAGCAAUAGUCAACGGCGGAGGUGGUGGUGCUUUGAGUCCCGGUGGCUAUUCACCAGGACUUUAUAACCAGGGAGGAUCCGCGUCAGCUCAAGCACAAGCUGAAGCCUUAAUUAAUGGAGGAGGAAAUUCUGGACUCUACCAACCUGGACUGUAUCAACCAACAUAUGGCCAGGGCGGCUCGGCAAAUGCUCAAGCUAACGCUGAAGCAAUAGUCAACGGCGGUAGUGGUGGUGCUUUGAGUCCCGGUGGCUAUUCACCAGGACUUUAUAACCAGGGAGGAUCCGCGUCAGCUCAAGCACAAGCUGAAGCCUUAAUUAAUGGAGGAGGAAAUUCUGGACUCUACCAACCUGGACUGUAUCAACCAACAUAUGGCCAGGGCGGCUCGGCAAAUGCUCAAGCCAACGCUGAAGCAGUAGUCAAUGGUGGUAACGGUGGUGGUUUGAAUCUCGGUGGUUAUUCACCAGGACUUUAUAACCAGGGAGGAUCCGCAUCUGCGCAAGCACAGGCCGAAGCCUUAGCCAAUGCAGGAGGAAGCAAUGGACUUUACCAGCCUGGUCUUUUAGGACAAGACUAUCUAGGAGGAGGUUCCACAUCCGCACAGGCUGAAGCUAAUGCACUAAUUAAUGCUUUAAAUCAAGGUGGUGGGAAUUACCAGCCUUACCCCGGUUACCUACAAGGGAAUCCGUCAGCUCCUGGCUACAAUUCUGCCUCAGCGAAUGCGUUGGCUGACGCGUCAGGGUCGUCUUCAGCAGACGCGAUAGCAAAUGCGUAUUCAGGAGGAGGCGGGACAGCUCUUGCAGACUCUUCUGCCGUUGCACAAUCUUCAGCUAGUGCACAGUCUUCGGCCAAUAGCUAUGCGUCAGCCGACGCACAUUCAGCUGCCAAAGCAACAGCCCAAGCGAAAGGCAAAUACUACAAAUCAGCAGACGCCGGUUUAUGCAAAUACGUGGGCGACAAGUAUGUGCACGCUUGUCAGGCUUGCUACUGCGUCGCGGGGCUCCAACGGGAGAUCGAAGCUUACUGUUUAGGAACCCCUUGCAUAUGAUUCAGAAUAAGAAGAUGGUUAAUUGACAUUUGACGUUGAAAAGACAUGGCGAUCCCUUCGGUUCAAGAUUAUUUUACAAUUAUUUGUAGCAGGCAAAGAUGCAACAAACUAAUUGAUUGAAUAAAUGUUGUAUCAUA